AUGGCAUUGGCAAAAUGGGAUUCUGAAAAGAGUAUGUCACACGGAUUUACUAGAAGGUUUACAGAGAAUCCAAUAGUACCCAAUACACUGGAAGGAGUAUGUCACACGGAUUUACUAGAAGGUUUACAGAGUUCACACAGGCGUAGAGCAUUGUAUGAUGCCAAGAAAUAUGAUCAAAAAAGAAUGAAUACUGAACUUUUAAAUUCUCAACAUUAUCGGCAUUCUCAACUUUCUGUUUAUUAG